AUGCUGGAAAAGUUGUAUUAUGUAUCACAACGUAGUGAGGAAUUUUAUGAAACUCAAGAUGAAUUUAUAGAUUCAUUAGAAGACAUCGUUAAAGAUAAAAAUUCAGAUGAAUUAAAAUCAGCUAGUACAAAGACGGAAAAUAAAGCAAGAAUGAUUAAAAUAUUAACAAUUGUAACCCUUAUCGUGAACAUUAUAUUGGUUAUUAUUAAAAUAGCAGCUGCCGUCAUAUCAAAAUCAUUAUCUGUUAUAUCGAGUGUUGUAGAUAGUGUCGUUGAUCUUUUAACAAGUGUUAUUUUAAUUUACACACAACAUAAAAUAAACAGAGCAGAUAAUUCUUUAUAUCCAGCAGAACCAAUAGCCAUUAUUAUAUUAUCUGUUAUCAUGUGUUCAGCAUCUGUUGAAGUUAUUUUUGAAUCAGCUGAAACACUAGCUGGAGAUGUCAAAUAUUUUGAAACAAAUUCAACAACUUUACAAGAUAUGAAUAUGAGUGCUAUGCCGAUUACAGCCAUGGUUUUAACAAUUGUAUCAAAAGCAAUUUUAUUUGUACUAUGUUAUCGUGUUAAAAAUCCUACAAUGUAUGCGCUUGCUGAAGAUCAUAGAAAUGAUGUUGCAUCAAAUAUUGUUGCCUUAGGAUGUGGUCUAAUCGCAUCAUUUGCAUUAAAACACAAGAUCAAAGAACAAUUAGUGGUGUUAGAUCCCGUGGGAGCCAUUGUAAUUUCUGUUUAUAUUAUUAUUGCAUGGAUACUACAAGCAAAUCGUCAAGUUCGACAUCUGAGUGGUUUAGUUGCUGAACAUGCAUUUGUUCAACGAUUGAUUUAUUAUAUUUAUAAUACAUCACCGAAUAUAACAAAAAUUGAUAGUGUAAAUGCAUAUCAUUUUGGUACAGGAUAUUUAGCCGAAGUUGAUGUUGUUUUACCACCUGAUAUGGAGUUACAAGAAGCACAUGAUAUUGGUGCUGAAUUACAAAUCAGACUAGAAAAAAUUGACGAGGUUGAUAGAGCAUAUGUUCAUUUGGAUUAUAACACUACACAUUAUCCAGCUAUUGAACAUAAAGUUCUAACCAAAACCGAUGAAAAGGAAAUAAUUGACGGCUAA